CAGUGCUCUCGGCUAGUUCGCUAAUUACGCAACAAAAAUGUGUUUCAUAUAAAUUUGACGUGUGAUUUUGUGCUCGUUCUCAUCAGAAACUCUUCGGUUUCUUAUCAAUCAAGUAAACAGCUUGUCGUUCCGAUGGUGGAAAAGAUGCGCAGUCUAGCUCGAACAUCCAAUGAAAGCGAAUGAAGGUGGUGCGCUAGGGCAAGGCGACGAGCAAGGGUUUUUAGUUUCCUAGAAAAUUAAGGCAGUGUGCCACCACAAAAGAAAGAAAAAAGCGCAGCUAGACUCCAUCAAACAAACUGCUAUCAAAAUAGGGCAUUUUCUGUUCGGUAACGUUAUUCAAUCAAAAUCCAUCCGAAUAUAACUCGUGCGAACGAGACCGACAUGUUGUCCGUGAAUGGAUGCAGCGUUUGUUAACACUAGUUAGGCACGUGAAUAAGGGAAGCUGCUGACGGAGAAGGUAGCAUGCUAGUGCAGACAACAGGCGAGCGCCUUUGGUUUGUGAAGCAGCAGCAGCAGCAGCAGCUGUUAUUUGGCCCGCUUGUUCCCGAAUCCCUUUGGUCGGUCGUGGCGGACAUCGCCGGAUGGCAAAGCUGACCGAGUUACUUCCUGCGCGCCAUAGUUUUUCACACCCGAAAUGUCGCAAACAAAGUCACCGAUCGAAAUCCGGCACCAUAGCGCGGUGGUAUCCAUACAAACCAGCUCGUCCAGCGUGCCGCCUUCAACAGAAAACAUUUCGGUCGCCAGUGGCAUCAGCACCACGAACCAACCGUCGAACCGGAAGUUUAUCAUACAGGAGGUGGUAGAACCGCCGGGAGUCUCACAGCAGCAACCGAAACCAGCCGCAAGCGCAACGCAGUCAGGAUCACCGGAAUGCGGAGCUUACUGUGGUUCGCCAAAACAGGAACAACAUCACCAUCAUCACCAUCACCACCACUUGCCGCAUCCGGGGACUGGUGGUUCGAUUACAAUUAUGACCCCUCCCACAACGGACAACACGUCACGGAUAAAUAUAUGCAUUAACAAUCACUUCCCGCUGAUGGAGGCGAUGCCGGAUCUGCGCCGCCAUCAUGGACAAUUCGGCCUGUCGGACGAGGUGCUGGUUCACGUCGUCGAGCUCGACCGGUUCUUCCUGGGCACGAUCAUUGCCAUCGGUGAGCGCAAGUGCCUGGUACAGUUCGAUGACGGCACCGAACGGUGGUCCGCCUUCGAGCAUCUAACCAGGUUGGACGACGAAGGAAAGGGUACAUCCGACGAUGUGGAAAAGAUCGAAACGGAGAACGGCUCCGGGAGGAGCGAUGAAGCUGGGGCGUCCGGGAGUGGCUACAAUGUCGUUGCACAUAAAGGCAGUGCAACGUGCGUGGUGUGCAAAGAGCACAAGAUGUAUCAGGUCGUGAAAGUGUGCGAAGGCUGCUACCGUGGGUACCACCCACUGUGCCACGAAACUCUCAACCACGAGACGAUUGUGCUGGAUGACUACGACGACGACGAUGACGACGACGGCAACAACGGCGGCGACGGUACGAAUGGACCGUGGUUUUGCUGCCGCUGCACGACGCCCCCGAGCGGCGAGCAAUCGGCAUCGGCAUUGGAGCAGCGCAGCAAAUUCAUGGUGUUCGACGAGCAGCUAACUCCGCUAACCCCGCUGACGAGCAUGGCCCAGCUGCCGUACGAUAUGCACAAGCUGGAUUGGGACCUGUAUCACCAGGUAAACUCGGCCGGCCACUAUUGCUAUUGCGGUGCGGACGGCGACUGGAUGAAGGAGAUGAUACAGUGCAACUGGUGCGAACAGUGGUUCCACGGACGCUGCAUCCGCAGCCUGCAGUAUCCCAUCUUUCCCGGCGACCGGCACUAUCUAUUUCUAUGCUCGAUCUGCAAUCACGGUCAUGAGUUCGUGCGGCGCCUAGUACUGAGCGUGUCCGACCUGUUGCACCUGGUGCUAUUCAACCUAAUCAUGCGCAACGGCCACCGUCUCUUCGAUCUGAACCGCGCCAUCGUUCCGUUCAUCGAGGACAACUUGCGAACGCUGCAAAUGCCGGAGCAUUUCACCUGUCUAGCACCUAACUUACGACGGGAAGUAAUCGCUACCUGGCUGAAAGCGAAUAGCAAGUUAUUCGUGAACGGCCCGGAGGUGGGCUUGGCUUUAGGCCAGGAGAUGUGGACGCUCCGAACGAUCGAAGCCCCACCGAAGACCUCCUUUUACUUUCCUCGUGGGAUGACAAUCACCGAGAAUGUACUGCGCAAGGAGAGACCGACGCUUCACUUCCUGCCACGGGUGAACCUCGAGCGGAGCUUCACAACGGAUGCCAUGACGCGUGAGCGCAUGACAGGCAUCGCGUACAGCCAGCCGCCGUUCUCGACGCCGGAUCCUCGGGCGGACCCGUGGUCGGAGGAGAUGCGACAGUGGAGCGCCACACCGACCGCAGAACAGCUUGAUGCUAUGGUAAAUGGAAGCGGUUCUGCUGCGGGAAUGGACGGUGAGAAAGUGGUGGCCUCAUCGAACCGCCGGAAGUAUCCGCCGCGGUACAAGCUGCCGAUACAUCCUUCCAUGCACACCUGCGCCAUGGAUGAGAUCUUUCCCCCACCGCCGGACUAUCGCGGAAGCAACAAUCCGUUUUACACGGAUCCGGAUGCGCCAACGAUGGUUCCCCGGGUAGCGCGAAUUGUGAAACGACGCAUGAGCGCCCAUGAUAUCAGCAAUGGACGAGGAAAGAAGAAAAAGCUGAACAACGGUGUCGGUGUGAUGAUGCUUGGACCGCAGACGGGAACUUCAAGCCGCACCGUACAAGCGCCCCGACCAGUCGCAAACAGUCAACCGGUGGUGAGUACUAGUUCCGUCGACGUUCAGGAGCGCUCCUACAGGGCGACCAGGUCCAGCGGAAACCAUUCGCGGAACCUGCGACCGCGGGGCGCGACGAACUACUCCGACCAGCGGCGCUAUCGGCGCAGGCGUGCCGCGACGGCAGCGGAGCAGAACAUUACUGACGACGAUACCGCGGAUGGCGAGAGUGGCUACCUGCCCAGGAGCCGGUCCUCGUCCAUUUCAUCAGCAUCCAGCUCCUCGUCGUCAGCCUCCAGUUCCAUAACUAUCGGCGACUGUUUAGUGACUCUGCCGACUGGCGAUGUAAUAGUUCUCCACAAGGGUCAGCAAAUUCCUUAAGCUCUACAACAGGCAUGUAAGCUCAGUAACAAUGCAAAGUUUUUUUUUCUCAUAUUCCUGAAUCAAAUAGCCAUAAAUUAUGUAUUUCGGCGAUAACAAAUCUAAAUUCCAUAGAACAUUCACUGGCAACGAAGCUUAUAUCUAUUACCAAUUCAGUUUACCUCAAACGUUUUAUUUUUAAAAGGUAAUUAAAUUAGACUAGACCACAUUAAAAUUGCUUCGGCAAUAGCGAAUCUAAAUUUCAAGAAAAAUUCACUUGCGAUGAAGUGAAGUUGAGUUUGCAAACCAUUUUACCUCAAACAUUACAUUGCCAUCGGCGACAGUAAAAGCAAACAAUGCCACAUUAUUCUCAUACAAUUCGGUAUUUGUUUAAAGAUACAUAAAACACUUUCGAGAUAGGAAAACAAACUGUAGGUGAAUGAAUGCAAUAGGUGAGGCAAGCAUGAUCAAAUCUAAAUUCCCGAGAACAUUCACUGGCAACGAAGCUUAUGUUUAUUUCCAAAUCAGUUUACCUCAAAUAUUUCAUUGUUUUUACUAAUAGACUAACUAGACAACAUAAAAAUUGCUUUGGCAAUGACGAAUCUAAAUUUCAAGAAAAAUUCACUUGCGAUGAAGUGAAGCUGAUAUUAAUUUCCACACCAUUUUACCUCAAACAUUACAUUGCCAUCGGCGACAGUAAAAGCAAACAAUGCCACAUUUUCUCAUACAAUUCGGUUUUUGUUUAAAGAUACAUAAAUCACUUCCGAGAUAGGAAAAUGAACUGUAAGUGAAUGAAUUCAAUAGGUGAGGCAAACAUGGUCUUUUUUUGUUAUCAUCCCUUGUCCUUACCAACAUUAGAAUACAAAGAUGAAUUAAUUUCGAAUUAGCAAAA